AUGGCUUGGCAGCCUGCCCCCGAAUCGCUGCGGCAGCUCGCUUCCUGCCUCAAGGACUCCCUCAGCGGCUUCGACAAGUCGGCCCAGAAGCAAGCCGAACUGAUGCUCCAGCAAGCCAAGAGCUCGCCCGACAUCAACAACUAUCUCGCCUACCUCUUCUCCAGCGCCCAUCCGCCCGAGGGUCUGCCGUGCAGCCAGCAGGACUAUCACCUCGUGCGCUCCUCGGCCGGCAUCAUGCUGAAGAACAACGUUCGGAACGAGUGGAAGUCGAUUCCUGAGGCGAGCCUGCAGCUCGUCAAGCUCGCCGUCCCCCUCGGCCUGCAGGAUGCCAACGCCCAGAUCCGCAGCUUCGCCGGCAACGUCGCCACCGAGGUCAUCAAGCGAGGCGGCAUCUUGGGAUGGCCCGAGCUGCUCCCCCAGCUGAUUGACAUGAUCGGCAACGCGAGCGGCCAGUCGUCCAACGAGGCGCAGGAGGGCGCCAUGGCGGCCAUGGCCAAGAUUUGCGAGGACAACACGAGGAUGAUGAUGCGCGAGGUCAACGGGCAGCGGCCCCUCAACUUCCUCUUCCCCAAGUUCAUCGCCGCCACCAAGAGUCCGCUCGCCAAGGUGCGCGUCGGGGCGCUCACGGCCAUCAACAUCUUCACCCUGCACGAGUCCCAGGCCAUGGUCGCCUCCAUCGACGACCUCCUCCAGCACCUCUUCGUCCUCUCGGCCGACGAGAACCUCGACGUCCGCCGGCAGGUCUGCCGCGCCUUUGUCAACCUCGUCGAGACGAGGCCCGACAAGCUCGAGCCCCACAUCGGCGGCCUCGUCGACUACAUCAUCACGCAGCAGAAGAGCGACGACGAGGACCUCGCCUGCGAGGCGGCCGAGUUCUGGCUCGCCAUCGGCGAGCACCACAACCUCUGGCAGGCCCUGCAGCCCUACCUCGGCAAGAUCAUCCCCGUCCUGCUCGAGUGCAUGGUCUACAGCAGCGACGAGAUCGCCCUCCUCGGCGACGCCUCGGACGACGAGGAGGAGGAGGACCGGCAGGAGGACAUCAAGCCCGCCUUUGCCAAGAAGAACCUGACUCGGGCGGCCAACGGCGAGGGGUCGUCGGCGGCGACGCCGCCGGCGCCGGCGGCGGACGGCGCCAACAAGAACGACGCCGCCGGCGGCUACGGCAAGCUCAACGAGAUGGACGACGAUGUCGAGGAGGGCGAGAUCGACGACGAUUUCGAGGACGGCGACGACAUGAACCCCGACGAGAGGUGGACGGUUCGCAAGUGCUCCGCCGCCGCCCUCGACGUCUUCGCCCGCGACUUCCGAGGCGCCGUCUUCGAGGCCAUCUUCCCCUACCUGUCCCAGAACCUCAAGCACACGGAAUGGCCGUACCGGGAGGCGGCCGUGCUCGCCCUCGGCGCCGUCGCCGAGGGCUGCAUGACGGUCGUCGUCCCCCACCUCCACGAGCUCGUCCCCUACCUCAUCUCCCUCCUCGAGGACGACGAGGCCGUCGUGAGGCAGAUCACCUGCUGGACCCUCGGCCGCUACUCGUCGUGGGCCGCCACGCUUCCCGACCAGGCGCAGAAGGAGCGGUACUUUGUGCCCAUGAUGGACGGCGUCCUGCAGAAGAUGCUCGACAGGAACAAGAAGGUGCAGGCGGCCGGCGCGUCGGCCUUUGCCAACAUCGAGGAGAAGGCCGGCCGGCACCUGGAGCCCUACUGCGGACCCAUCAUCCAGCAGUUCGUCCGCUGCUUCGAAAGGUACAAGGACCGCAACAUGUACAUCCUCUACGACUGCGUCCAGACGCUCGCCGAGCGCGUCGGCCCCCUGCUCGCCACGCCCGAGCUCGCCAACCAGCUGAUGCCGGCGCUUAUACGGCGGUACAACACCAUCGCCGACGAGUCGCGCGAGGUCUUCCCCCUGCUCGAGUGCCUGUCCUACGUCGCCCUCGCCCUCGGCCACGCCUUCACGCCGUACGCGGCCCCCAUCUUCAUCCGGUGCGUCAGCAUCAUCCACAACAACCUCGAGCAGGCCAUGGCGGCUGCCGCCGGCAACGCCGCCGUCGACCAGCCCGACAAGGAUUUCCUCAUCACGAGCCUCGACCUCAUGAGCGCCAUCGUCCAGGCUCUCGGCGACGAGAAGGCGACCGAGCUCGUCAAGAGCUCGCCCCACCCCUUCUUCGAGCUGCUCAGCUUCUGCAUGGAGGAUCCGACCGACGAGGUUCGGCAGUCGGCCUACGCGCUCCUCGGCGACUCGGCCAAGUACGUCUUCCCGCAGCUGCAGCCGCACCUGCCGGCCAUGGUGCCCAUCCUCCUGCGCCAGCUCGACAUGGACAGCAUCCUCGACGAGGAGAUGGACAACGGCUUCGGCGUCGUCAACAACGCCUGCUGGUCGGCCGGCGAGAUCGCCAUGCAGCACGGCAAGGCCAUGGCGCCCUGGGUGGCCGAGCUGCUCCAGCGCUUCGUCGAGAUCAUGAGCAACGGCCGCGUGCCCAAGGGGCUCAGCGAGAACGCCGCCACGGCUCUCGGCCGCCUCGGCCUGCACAGCGCCGAGCUGCUCGCCCCGGCCCUGCCCACCUUUGCCGAGGAUUUCCUCGUCGCCAUGCAGGAGAUUGACCCGUCCGAGGAGAAGGCGACGGCCUUUAAGGGCUUCUCCAUCAUCGUCAGCCAGAACCCGCACGGCAUGGAGCGGGUCCUGCUGGACUACUUUGUCGCCAUCGCGCAGUACAAGGACCUGAACCUCCGCAGCCCCAUCAAGCAAGAGCUGCACCAGGUCUUUCAAGCCGUGCUCGACGUUUACAAGCAAAUGAUGCCCCAGUUCGGCGAGUUCAUCGGCCGGAUGCAGCCGCAGGACCAGCAGCUCAUCAAGGCCAACUACGCCAUCUGA